GCUCACACUGCUGUAAAGGAUACUGCUGUCCGCGCACUAAUCCGGCUCAGUCCCACGGAGUAUAGAAGGGGCCGGCUCCGUCCCAGCACUGGCACAGCUCGCACGCUGCUCGGACCGCCUGCUGCCCCGGGGACCCCAGAAGCCAAGCCAAGGCCCACAGAGAUGCCCCAGGGUUUGGAGGGCCCCGCUGGGCAGCCAGCCGCUGCCACGGCUCCUUCGGAGGGGGUGCCAGUGGGCCAGAACGCUGGGCCUUGCACCAGCGUGGGGGACGACACGGCCCCCGGCGGAGCAGAGAGACUGCCCCAGUCUGCCCCAGCAACCUCGCAGCCAAUGGCGAGAGGAGAAAAGGCAGAGCCUGGAGAGAAGGGCGCCCCCGUGGCUGGGAAAGGGACGAAGGCCGGUGAGAAGAAAGCAGAGGCCAAAGAGGGGGCAAAAAGCCAGAGCCAGCCUACGGCCUCCAAGCACGAGCCCCCAGCUCCCCAGCGGAGCCAGAGCUGCCCAGUCAGCAACCAGAGACCAGGGGAGGAGCCCCGGGUGGUGAAGAUGGGAGCCGAAGAGGCCUCUGCACGUGCAGAGAAGAGCCCGCAGGGUCCAGCAACUCCCGCCAAAGGAGCCAGCGCUUUGCCAGCAGAGCCCAGUCUAGCGGAGGUGCCUGGCCCUGCUUCGGAUGCCCCCAGAGACCAGACUUGUGCAGAGAAACCCACCCCAAGUGAGGUGCCCAGCCCAGCUAGCAGCAGCGGGGACAUGACCCCCGCAGAGCCCCCCAGCUCAGUGGGGCUACCCCACCCUGCUUCAGACGAGACCCCUGCAGAGCCCCCCAGCUCAGAGGGGCUACCCCACCCUGCUUCAGACGAGACCCCUGCAGAGCCCCCCAGCUCAGUGAAGCAGCCUUCUCUAGCCUUGAACAUCCCCAGAAAUGCGGGGAAAACAGGCCCUGUGGCUGGGGAACAGCCACCUUCACCAGAGGAGGAAGAACUGGAGCCCCCGCCCAGCCCCUACCUAACGCCAGACUUCGGGAAAGAGGACCCUUUCCAGAUACUGGAUGAUGUUCCUCCGCCACCCGCUCCCUUCGCCCAUCGCAUUGUCACCCUGAAAUCCGGCACCGUGAACAGCAUGUUCAACAUCAACACCAAGGAGAUGCUGGGAGGGGGGAAGUUUGGCGAAGUCCGCACGUGCACCGAGAGAGGGACGGGGCUCAAACUUGCAGCCAAAAUCAUUAGGAAACAGGGCUCGAAGGACAAGGAGAUGGCCUUGGUUGAAAUCGAGGUGAUGAACCAGUUGAACCACAGGAACCUGAUCCAGCUCUAUGAAGCCAUCGAGACACCACGGGAAAUCGUCCUCUUCAUGGAGUUUGUGGAGGGCGGGGAGCUCUUUGAGCGCAUCAUCGACGAGGAUUACCACCUGACGGAAGUGGACUGCAUGGUGUUCGUGAGGCAGAUCUGCGACGGGAUCACCUUCAUGCAUCAGAUGCGCGUCCUGCACUUGGACCUCAAGCCUGAGAACAUCCUGUGUGUCGCCUCCACGGGGCACAUGGUGAAGAUCAUCGACUUCGGGCUGGCGCGAAGAUACAACCCGCGGGAGAAGCUGAAAGUGAACUUUGGGACCCCCGAGUUCCUGUCCCCGGAGGUGGUGAACUACGACCAAGUCUCCUAUUCGACAGACAUGUGGAGUCUGGGCGUGAUCACCUACAUGUUGCUAAGCGGCCUCUCCCCUUUCCUGGGAGAUGACGACACUGAAACCCUGAACAACGUCCUGGAAGCCAAGUGGUACUUCGACGAGGAAGCCUUUGAGGGCAUCUCGGACGAAGCCAAGGACUUCGUCUCGAAUCUGAUUAUCAAGCAGAAGAGCGGCCGGAUGAGCGCGGCCAAGUGCCUCCAGCACCCCUGGCUGAACGACCUGGCCGAGAAGGCCAAGCGCUGCAACCGGCGCCUGAAAUCCCAGGUCCUGCUCCGGAAGUACGUCAUGCGGCGACGCUGGAAGAAAAACUUUAUUGGUGUGUGUGCUGCCAACCGAUUCAAGAAGAUCAGCAGCUCGGGAUCCCUGACGGCGCUGGGUGUCUGAGUGCGGGGCUGAGCUGGGUGGGAUUUGAGCAAGGCCAAAGGGUGAUCCCCUGAAAUCUGAGCUGUGGAUUGAAGGCCUGUUCCCCGGGGACUGCACAGGAAAGUGGCAUGUAGUCCCCGCUUCUGGAGGCAGUAGGAUCUCCACUUGGGUUCGGAAUCAAUCCGCUUCCCAAACACAAGGAGUUCCCCGCUGGGGCAAUGAAUUGAGAUAUCCCAGUUCUGUACAGAUGUGCCAUUCCUGCUCCUACUGCGGUGAGAUUACCGCUGGAUCCCAUCCCGCUGAGAGUCCGGCUCUAGAUUCUGUCCCUGCUGUAGAUCCUAUCCCGCACUGCCACUGCUCGAGGGUCUGGGCCACCGGGAUAAUGCCGCUCUGACUCCUGAACUGCUGCGAGAUGACGCCUCUCGGUCCUGUGCCUUGUGUGCGGCUCCGGAUCCGGAUCCCAGGCACCUGCAAAGCUGCCUUUGUGGAUCUCCUGCUGGUUCAAUACCACCACACUGGAAUUCCCGCUGUCUGUGAUCCUGGACCACGAGGACAUACUACACCUUUGAUCCCAUGGAGAUUACUGGUCUGAAGCUCACACACGUGUGGUGUUGCCAGCUUAGCACCCUGUAUCCCUGCUACAGAUUCUGUGCUGCUGUGACAGCUACCCCGCUGCAUCCCAUAGGCUGCUGAUCCUAACCACUGUGCAAUUACCAGGCUCGGCCUCUUCUGUAUCCCCUAGUGCGGCUGAGUCCCAUCCUCCCUGUGCUGCUCUUGGCCUGGACCCUUUGCUGUAGUGAGACGACGGCGCUGAACUGGCCGAGCUGUGGAAUUGCCGAUUGGAAUCCCACCGCACGGGCGACCGGAGGUGCGGAGAGCACCUUGCAAAGCCUACGCUGCAGCAGCGUUGGACUCCACUUUGCAAUUCCCUGCAUCCUGCUGUUCGUGUUCCACUCCCGUUCUGAGACGUGCAAUGGGACACGCUGACCAGCCUGCUGAGUGCUGCAAGGUCCCUUCUCUUGCUGGGCUCAGUACGCACCACACACCAGUCACUACCUGAGAACCAAGAUUCCUGCUCUCGGCCUCUGAGUGCAAUAGGAGACACGCCAUGGCAACGUCACCAGCAUUGAUGGUCACGGCCUCAGGAUGCAAUGACAUCUGUGUAUGGCUGUCUGGAGCUGUGCUCCCAGCUCCUGAGUGCAGCGUGCACUCCCCGGCCCGCAGGUGCGAUGGCUACUGCCAGUCUCUGGAUCUGCUCACCGCUGGACUAGCACACGAGGCUGCUGCUGGAGCAGAAAGCCAUCUCUCCCCAUGAUCGGGGUCCUAGAAGCCAGGCUGCAGGGCCGAGUUCCUGUUGGUGCCGGGAGGCUCCGCGCACAGGAAAGGAGGAAGUGCAGAGCACAGAUUCCAGGCGCGUUCCCCAGAUGGAGGCCAGGGAAGAAAGAACGAGGCUUUGUGCUAGUUCCUAACCUCCCUGCCCUUCUGAGCUGCCAGCGGGGGGGAGAACACAACCUUCCCUUCACACAUCCCCCAGAAGAUAAAGGCAAGAGCGCAUCCUAAUGCAGACCAGCUGGGCUCGCCUCUCCCCCUCGCACAUAUGAAAGGACUGCUUCAGCCCUGACCACCAACGCACAGGAACUACCCUUCGCUCGCUGGGCCCAGGGACCCCCCGAUGGGAGGAGAGUGUGGGAGCUCCCUCAGGGUGUGGCGUUUCCUUUGCCUUCCAUCCUGUUCAACAGCGGGCAGGGCUGGAUCCGAGGGAAACCCGCUGCCGACCUGCCAGUGAUGUCUGAACUGCACGGGGGCAUCUAGGCCCCUCUCGGGUGGGAGUUGCUUCCCCUGGUGAUGCAGGAGCUCCUGCAUGGCCCAGCGUGCUGAUGUAGUAGCCGAUGUAGGGGUUGGGGUGGGGGCAUCCUCCAUGGAGUUGGAGGGCUUGUUCCUCUCUUGGGAGGGGGUUUGCAGCACGAGUGUGAGGCCACGCCCCUUCCCGCCCAACUGACCCCCCCCCCGGGCUUGGUGUGGUCCACGGGCGAUUCGUUAUGGGGGGGGGGCUGCUAGCUAACGGCAGCCGGUAUCUGUUAGGCACAGAAACAACCAGACAGCACCUGGCCCAGCCCGAAAGUGCCUCCCACAGAGCACGUGCUCUGAGCCACCCCCCCAGCUGGGGUACGUUGGUGGGACUCCAUUGACCUCGGAGGAUCUUCACCAGUUUCCACCAGCUGAGGUCUCUUCGUUAGAACCCUUCUCCCUCUGCCCCAUUUUCACCCAAGGUCCGCUGGAUUUCCUCUGCCCAGCAGAGCACAGCCCCCAGCCCCCGUAUAUGUGUGCCCUCCCCAGCAGCAGCCCCCCAGUAGUGCAGAAAGACGUACGUUCUCUUGAGAGACCCCAGAGCUCUCGGCUUAAUGUAAAUAAAUGUACAGGUCCCAUGCCAA